GCCUUUGGUUGCUGGAAGGAGGACAGAAUGGAUCUGGGGCCGAAAAAAUGCUUUCUCCAUGUGGCUGUGAUGGGUGCUCUUCUGGCUGUAGGGACCACAGAAGGAUCCAGAGACCAGGAUUGGCUUGGUGUCUCAAGGCAGCCCAGAACUAGAGCCUGGAACAAGCAGCUGUAUCCAGAGUGGACAGAAAUCCAGGGAGCUGACUGCUGGAGAGGUGGCCAGGUAUCCCUGAAGGUCAGUAAUGAUGGGCCUACGCUGGUUGGGGCAAAUACCUCCUUCUCUAUCUCCCUGCACUUCCCUGAAAGCCAAAAGGUGCUGCCAAAUGGGCAGGUCAUCUGGGCCAAUGACACCGUCAUCAAUGGAAGCCAGGUGUGGGGAGGACAGCCAGUGUAUCCCCAGGAACCUGAUGAUGCCUGCAUCUUCCCUGAUGGGAGGGCCUGCCCAUCUGGCCCUUGGACUCAAAGGAGAAGAUUUGUUUACAUCUGGAAGACUGGGGGCCAAUACUGGCAAGUUCUAGGGGGCCCGGUGUCUGGGCUGAGCAUUGGAACAGACACAGCAGCACUGGGCACACACACCAUGGAAGUAACUGUCUACCACCGCCGCCGGGAAUCGGAGAGCUACGUGCCCCUUGCUCAGUCCCGCUCAGCCUUCACCGUUACUGACCAGGUGCCUUUCUCCGUGAGUGUGUCCCAGCUGCAGGCCUUGGAUGGAGGGAACAAGCACUUCUUGAGAAAUCAACCUCUGAUCUUUGCGCUCCAGCUCCAUGACCCCAGUGGCUAUUUGUCUGGAGCUGACCUCUCUUACACCUGGGACUUUGGAGACAGUACUGGGACCUUGAUCUCUCGGGCACUUGUGGUCACUCACACUUACCUAGAGUCUGGACCGGUCACUGCUCGGGUGGUGCUUCAGGCUGCCAUUCCUCUCACCUCCUGUGGCUCCUCUCCAGUUCCAGGCACCACAGAGGGGCGUGUGCCAACUGAAGAGGCCCCUGGCACCACAGCUGGGCUCGUGCCUACAGCAGAAGUUGUAGGUACUACACCUGGUCAGGUGCAAACUGAAGAGCCCUCUGGAACCACAGCUCUGCAGGUGCCAACCACAGAGGUCAUAGGUACUAUACCUGUGCAAGUGCCAACUGCAGAGGGAAUAGGGACCACAUUUGCAGAGAUGCCAACUGCACAGGCUGUAGGUACAACCCCUGAAGUGUUAACUGCAGAGACCUCUGAAACUGCAGUUGUACGGGUAGCAACUACAGAGUUGGUGGAGACCACAGCAGGAGAGGUACCCACACCUGAGCCUGAAGGUCCAGAUGCCAGCCCAUUCAUGCCUACAGAAGAUACUACAGGCUCCCAGAGUCCCGUGUCAGAUGGCACAGCCACCUUAAUCCUGGUGAAGAGACAAGUUCCCAUGGAUUGUGUUCUGUAUCGAUAUGGUUCCUUUUCCCUCACCCUAGACAUUGUCCAGGGUAUCGAAAGUGCUGAGAUCCUGCAGGCUGUGCCCUCCAGUGAAGGGGAUGCAUUUGAGCUGACUGUGUCUUGUCAAGGCGGGCUGCCUGAGGAAGCCUGUAUGGACAUAUCAUCACCGGGGUGCCAGCCCCCUGCCCAGCGGCUUUGCCAGCCUGUGUCACCCAGCCCAACCUGCCAGCUGGUUCUACACCAGGUACUGAAGGGCGGCUCAGGGACCUACUGCCUCAAUGUGUCUUUGGCUGAUGCCAACAGCCUGGCAAUGGUCAGCACCCAGCUUGUUAUGCCUGGUCAAGAAGCAGGCCUUGGGCAGGCUCCCCUGUUCGUGGGCAUCUUGUUGGUGUUGAUGGCUAUGGUGCUUGCAUUUCUGACAUACAGGCGCAGACUUAUGAAGCAGGGCUCUACUGUGUCCCUUCCGCAGCUGCCACACGGUAGCACCCACUGGCUACGUCUGCCCCGGAUCUUCCGCUCUUACUCCAUUGGUGAGAGCAGCCCCCUCCUCAGCGGACAGGUCUGA